GACUGUUGGAGCACAGACUUACGCUGGUAGCCAUACCGUCAGGUGAUCUGGCAAGGUUAGUAGUCGCAGGAGGAGUUUAUUGAAGGAGCUUAGCGUGGUACCAACGACAGGACAGUCAGCAAGCAGGUAAACGUGACGUAGUCGUAGGUGGAGUUUAUUGAAACUUACGGUAGCAACUACAGGACGGUCAGCAAGCAGGUAAACGUGACGUAGUUUCAGGUGGAGUUUAUUGAAACUUACGGUAGCAACGACAGGACAGUCAGCAAGCAGGUCAACGUGACGUAGUCGUAGGUGGAGUUUAUUGAAACUUACGGUACCACCUACAGGACGUUCAGCAAGCAGGUAAACGUGACGUAGUUGCAGGUGGAGUUUAUUGAAACUUACGGUAGCAACUACAGGACGGUCAGCAAGCAGGUCAACGCGGUGUUGUGACGGACAACACGCCCUGACGAGACAAGUCAUGAAGUGAUGUGUAGUAUAAUCCACGUCAAGAUCACACAACGGUUCGCAGACAAAAGUCCAGAAUAAAAGGCGAUAAAAAAAGAGAGAAGAAACUGUAAGCAAAGCUCAAGAGAAGAGAAAGCUUGCGUCAUGAACUAUGGAGUACUAUGAGGGACAUCAGGACCGGGACCCGCGCUCCAACAAGCGAGUCACUUGGCGGGAGCCCAUCGAGCAUCAAAACUUAGAGUAUAUGUCUAAGACAAGAGACCUGGAAAGAGAGUUGCGAAAUUUGACUCUUGAGAAGACUCGAGCUGAAGCUCUGCUGGAGGACUUGCAGUCUCGACUGACACGACAGGAAGAAUUAUCUUCCCACUUACGUGAUGAAAAUGCCAACCUCAACCAUGAUAUCGACCAGCUUAUAACUGUCAUCAGCACUGCACGUUCUACUGGUCGCUGGGAGAUUGACAGAGUUCGUUUUCGAGAGCUCACAGCUGACCAAGUGUUUGGCUCAGUGCAUGAGACUUAUGCAAAGCUGCGCCCAGCUAAUGAGGGAACAGAUAUUCAAGAGCAUCGUCUCCUGCUACGUCAACGUGAUGACAGAACUGAAACUUUGCAGGAAGAACUUAAACUUCCAAACGGGGACCAGCUACAAAUCCAAGACCGAAAGAUUGCAUCCCUACAGGCUCAGGUGAAUGAUCUACUCAAGGAAAAUGCAUUAAAGGAGUCUGAGAAACACAGCCAUUUGCAGACAAUCAAGAUGCUACAGGAUAAGCAUCGCCUAGCAGCCUCAGAUUCCAGCAGAUCAGAGGAUAUGAUCAGACAAUUGAAAGCAGAGAUAGUAGCAAUCAGGGACCAGCACACACAGGCUGUUCAUGAUAUUUCUCAUUAUGAGAGGAGAAUUGGUACUUUGGAAUCUGAACUAAGAGAAUCUAAAGAACAGCGAAGAAAAGCAUUGGAUGAGAUUGGAGCACUACAAGAGCGUGUUCGAGAUAGUCAGAUAUCUACACAUGACCACCAUGAAAUCCUAAAAUCAGAACUGUGUCGCCGUGAUGAAACAAUACAGAACCUUCGUCGUGAUGUUCUUAAUCUACAGGAAAAACGUGAUACAGUAAUUGCUGAGUUGGAUCAACAGGCUAAAAAAGUCAGGAUGGCGGAGGACCAGACAAAGCGAACGAAAGAAGAGCUUCAGAGGCAGGAGACAAAAAUGAGGGCCUUGGAGGAUGAAGCUGCUCAUCUUCGACACCAGCUUCGGGAUGCAGAUGUAGAGCUCAAAGCCAACAGGAGCAAGACAGCAAGCCUUGAGGGAGAAUUGCAGUCCCAGCGCAACCAAUGUACAGAGUCACAGGCACAGGUCCAAAAACUUACCACCAGUCUGCACCGACUUCAGUUAUCAUCCAAAGAUACUCGUGAAACGCUCACCAGUGAGGUAACAGAGCGUCAUGAUGCCCUUGUACGUCUUCGAACUGAGAAUCGUGAGAUUGAAGAAAAGCUUCGUGAGGCCUUGUCCUCCAAUUUACAUCAGGCAGAACUAGUCAAAGAACUUAAAGAAGAGCUCAAGCAAGCUAAAGGAAAGACCCAGGAAGUACAGCUCAAGCUGGAUGAAAUAGAAAGGGAAAAGCAGCAGCUACAUAGCCGAUACACCACUCAGGCUCGUGAGAUUGAUCGACUUCAGACAGAUAUCCAAGAACGUGAUCUUAGUUGUUCACAGCAGGAGACAUUGUAUCGUUCAGACAUUGCAGACAGAGAAGAAGAAAUAUCUCGCCUGAAAGCUGACCUCAAUGUCAUGCAUGAGAAAUUGGCUCAGAGUGAGGGGCAGCUAUGUUCACGUGAGGAGAGCAUCAAAAGACUACAGUUUCAGCUGCAAGACAUUCAAGAAGAGUGCAGAAGGAAAGAUGCAGAGCUGGAUAAGAUGGAGAUAGAAUUUAUAUCAUCUGAUGAGGAUCGCAAGCACUGUGAGGACCAGCUGUCUCGGCAAGAGAUCACUCUGCAGCAGCUGAGACGUGAUCUGUCAUUGUCACAAGAACAAUAUAAGAAUGCAGUGGAAGAGAAUGGUCGCCUGGAGGCUCGCAUUCAAGCUUUCACUAUAAAUGCUCAGUCAGAACAAGAUGUUCUCAGUUCUGAGGUUAAGAGGCGUGAGGAGGUAAUCAAACGACUGAAACUGGAGCAGAUUACAUUGCAGGAAACUAAUAGUCGCUAUGAAGAAAAGAUUUCACAGUUACAGAGAGAUGGAGAUCAACUUAAAAGUCAGCUUAGAUCAGCACAGAAUGAGAUCGAGUCUAAAAAAGCAGCAGCAAAGAACUUAGAGAGUAGCCUCGAGGAGGCCAAAGGUCGCUUGUCUAUCCAGCUUGAUGAGCAAGGACAUCUGGAAGACAAGAUUCGCAGCCUGAGCAUUGAUGUAACCACACAGCAAGCUCAGGUGGAAAAGCUGCACCAUGAUCUAAGUAUGAAGGAAGAGAUUAUUCAGCAGCUGCGAGGGGACCUGGACUCCCUGCACCAACAACAAAAACAAACAACUGCUAAGGUUGUACUAAGGGAUGAAAAUAUUGAGAAACUGAAUGCAGAAAUGGGCAAGCUGAAGGCCAAGCAUCAGGAGAAGUUGCAUGAGAUAAGCAAGCAAUCUGAGCUGAUAAAAAAGCUGCAGGAUAACCUCACUCAAUGUCACUAUGACCUGGACAUGACUCGCAAACGAGCAGAGGGAGAUAUGUUGCAUCGGGAAGAAACAAUCAAGCAGCUACAAGAAGACUUGAUGGAGUCUCAGACCCAGUACUCAGCAUGCUAUAAUGAGGUGCUUCGCCUGGAGGAGGAACUAGAGAGAGUAAAAAAUGAGAACAGCCUUCUAGGUGAGGCUAGCCAGCAGGCUGGCACAACCACUGCACAGUUAAAUGAACAGCUGCACCAGCUGGAGUUAGAUCUCACAAUCUCACAGGAGAAACACCGCACCUGUCAGAAAGAGGUGACAAAUAGGGACCAGGUAAUCCUGCGACUUCAGACUGAUCUGGACACUACUCAGCAAAAGUAUUCUGGAUGCAUUGAAGAGCUUAACAUCCGUGAGGAUGAAGUGCAACGUCUUAAUGCGAAGAACAAGGAGCUGCAGCAGGAAUCACGUCAUUAUUUGCAACAGUUGGAUGACCGAGACAGCAAGAUUGUUGAUUAUGAGAAGAAAAUACAGAAUUUGCAUCAUGAGCAAGAACUGACUCUUCAAGAGAUGAAAACCCAACAGAGGAUAGUAGAGCAGUUGAAAGGUGAUAUAGCUGUUAGCAAGAACAGCCAUGAGCAGGAAGUGGCCCAGCUCCAGGGCGAUUUAGUUUUGGUCCGUGAUGAUCUUCAGCUGACAAAGGAAGAGUUGGCAGAGACUCAUCAGCGUCUUGUUGAUGCUAAGGUCACCAUUAGUGGCCUUAAUGAGGACCUGGACCGUUUUCGUAAACUGCAAGAAGAAAGCGCUAGUGAGCUGAGUCGGCAGUCUCAGGUAUUGAAAGAGCAGGAAGUCUUGCUGUCUGAGGCAAGGCAGCAGAAUGUUGUGUUGGAGGGUCAGCUGGAAACUCUACAUGAUGAAACUGAGCGUCUGCAGGCUAACCUCAGUAUGUACAAGCUGAAGUAUGAGCAGCACAACUCUCAGCUUCAACAGAUGGAGGCUACUGUCUCAGACUUGCAGGAGAAGCUUCAUAACAGUCAUUCCAGGGAGCUUGAAAAGGAGCAGUGUAUUGAACACCUUCAUUCUGAAGUGGAGACUCUAGAUGCCCAGCAGAGAGACUCACAGGACCAAGUGGCUAAGUGCGAGUCUGUUAUUGAGCAGUUAACGCAGGAGCUGGCCUCAGUGCAAGAGGCCCUAAGCUCUGCUAAUGCUCGCAUCAAGGACUGCAAUAAUGAUAUCAGCCAACUCAAAGAGCAGCUUCAGGACUUCCAGCAUGAGGCUCUACAGAAUGAUGAGAGAGCUCGAAGCUUUGAAAACCAGCUGCUUACUUAUCAGGACAGCCAUAGCCACAGCAACAGUGAGUUCAGAGAAAAAGAAGAACGUAUUUCACAGCUGGAAUAUGAUCUUGAGGGUAGCCAAGCAGAGCUUCAGAGUCGUCUUCACCAUAUUUCUGAAAUGGAGGAAACAAUUCGUGAUUUACAGUCAGAAGUGGCUAAGAUGAAAGACCAGACAGCUGCUGCUUUGAAUGAGGUCAAUCGUCUUGAGCAGAAUAUGCAGCAACUUCAGCUCAACUUGACCUCUGCCCAUCAGCGCCAUAAGGGGGAGUGUGUACGCUAUGAGGACCAGAUAACUGCCCUGGAGCAGGAGCUGGCAGGUACACGCAGCCGUUGCCAGCUACUGGAACAAGAGGUGGACCGCAAGGAAGAUCAAAUAAAACGAAAUGAGGCAGAAGUUGCUUCAUGUCGUGAUGAUAUUCGUAACAAAGUUGAAGAUAUUGAGAAAUUAGAGAGAAAUAUUCAUGACCUCAAAUUGGAGGUAAAUAAAAUGCAAGCAGCCAAGCAGCAGGCUAACCUUAAGGUAGAGGAGCUGCGCAGUGAGUGCGAACGUCUCAAGUUGGAUGUUUCUGAAGCUCGUUCCCAGUACAAAGACUGUGCACAGGAGCUUGCUCAUCAUGAAGAGAAACUUAUGUUGAUGGAGCAAAGCCUUCAGACAACACAAGACCAACUCAGUCAGCGAGUUACUGAAAUUGUGCGACAUGAACAGACAAACAGAAAACUACAGGCUGAGUUGAAGACUAUACGAGAGAGAGCAUCAAGUUUUGAAGAGGAGGUUGGAGAGCAGAAGAGCAUGCUAGACAGACUGCGUCAUGACUUGAUGGCCACCAAAGAAGAGUAUCAUGGAGCUGUGCAGGAAGGGCAAACAUACAAACAGCAAGCUCAGAAGCUGCAGAUUGAGCUUGAUGGUUCUCGUCAACAAGAACAUAUGCUGUCAGAACAGGUAGAACAGCAGGAUCAGAUUCUGACACAGCUGCAGGCAGAACUGCGUGCUGAGCGUGGCCGACACCAGGAUACAAGCAAACAGCUGCAGACCACUAAGAAAACGUGUGCAGUACUGGAGGAGGAUGUUGAGGCAUACCAACAUCAGCUGAGAGAUUUUGCUGACAAGGUGAAAACCCGUGAUGAGUCAAUCAUUCGGCAGCGUGCAGAAGCUGAGCAGCUCAUGCAGCAAGUGCGCAUUCUCAAGGAAGAGAUUACUGAGAAGGAGGGAAAACUGAAAUCAGCAAAUUUGGAUCUUCAAUCACUCAAAAGGCAGUGUCAGCAGCAGACUCAAGAACUGCGCAAAUAUGAAGACACCAUGGCCAACAUGCAGAAUCAGCAGGAGAAGCUGCAGGAGCAGAAUAGGAAGAUACAGUCUGAUCUGAUGGCUAGUGAGCAUGCAGCACAUGACUUGCAUGUACAGCUGACCACAGUUCAAGGCCAUCACAAGGAAAGCAUGGAGCAACUAGGGGAGAAAGCUCGCCACCUGGCAACUAUCAAGACUGAGCUAUCCCGCAUGCAGCAGCAGAACUUGUCCAUGAGAGAUGAGAUUCAGCUGUAUGAUGAGAAAGUGCGAAAGCUGCAGGGAGAACUAAAGAGAAUGCAAGAACUAAACAAAGCCACAGAGGAUGAGCUGUCCCACUUUGAAGAACGCUACACUAGUCAGCAGGUUGAUCUGGUGACUAGUCAGGAGAAGCAGAAACUGGUACUGAGUGAACUAGCAGUCAAAGAGGAGGAACUCCUCCUUGUCAAGGUAGAAUUGUCCUCACUCCAGGAGAAGUUCAAGUCAAGCGUUGAAGAUGCUACAAAGAUCCGCAAUGAGCUAGAGCUUCUUCGUCAGAACUACCGCAGCGCUAAUGAAGAGAUCCAGGGCUUGAGGGUUGCACUAGAAGAAUCACGUGCUAAUGGUGACCGUCUACAUCGUGAGAGUGAGUUGGUUGUACAGAAUGUCAACACCUGGGUGCAGGAGCAGAAGAUGGCCAAUGAAAAGCUGGGCAACAAGAUUAGAGAACAGAGCAAAGCAGUUAUGAACCUUACCAGUGAAAAAGAGAUAUUGCUGGAGCAGGUUCAAAAACUACAGAAACAGAACAAUAAACUAAGAGUUGAAGUUGAUGAGCGCCAAAUGGACAGCGAGAAACUCAGGGCCCUUCAGGCACAUUCAACUCACCAGCAGGUACUUCUCAAUCAACUGAAAGGGCGCCUUGAGGAACAUGAGGUGGAGCAAGACCAGGACCUGAAGACAAAGGUUGCGACAAUUGAAGAUCUGCAUCAACGUCUCAAGUGCAACAUUGAGAACAUCCAGCAGCUCAACACUCAACUGUAUAGUUUACAAAAGGACAAUAUGCGGCUACGUGGGGAGCUUGAGCGAGAAUUAGCUUUGCGACAGAAUUUGGAGAUGCAGUUACAGACCCGUGAUCAGACGAUUUCGGGUCUCCGCACUCAGCUAGAUGCAAGAACAUUUUCCCGCAUUGACACAAGCCCUUCUAUUGCAGACCCAGACCGUUUGACACAAAUAGCUCAGAGCAAAGCUGUGGAAGACACUGGUGUGUCUGAUCCUCAGAGCUUAGACAAAAACUACUGGAUACAGCGUGUGGGGGAGCUCUCAGUACAGCUACAGCAAAGCAGUGAAUACUGGGCAGAAAAGGUGCGCACUCUCUCAAGCCAGCUGGACCACGCACAAUCCAUCUCAGUGACCUUACCAAAGCCUUAGCAGAUCCCUGAACCAUUGCUUCUUCUUUUAUAUAGGCAGCAUUGGAUGUCAGCAGCAGAUUUGAUGUGACUGAUCAAGCAUGCUAGCUUAGAUGGAACGAUCAUCAUUGUAUGCACAUUACCAUGUAAAAAGCUGCAGAAUUUCAGGACACAAAAAGUGACACUAACAGAAUUUCUAAAUUGUGUUUGUGAAGUGUUGAUGCUGUUACAAAUACAGCAUUCUAUAGUGCUUGCAGGGACUAAAAUGAUUUCAAGUUUAUCUCCCUGUUGGCUAGCCAGUUUUGUGACUAUGAGAGUUUUAGUAGCUUAGUGUAGAGUGCUUAUUUUCCCAACUUUGAUUGCCAAACUAGUCUGUUACAGAAAAAUGAAAAACUUCACACCUGAUGCUGCAAAACUUGACAUUCCAUUUGAUUGCAGUACAAAGUGUGUUUUGGGUAUUUGUGAUCUGGGAAGAUCUGUUUCCAUUUUUGCCUGUUAUGAAUUUUAUCAGAUUGUUUUGGGGUUUUUUUUACAAAUCUAUACCUCUUGUAAAAGAAAAGGUUGGCAGACUGAAGUUUGCCAUAUUUUAUUCCGUCCAUUUUGCUUUGGUAUUUUGUUGUAAAAUUUGUCACUUGAUGUGCAGACUUAAAAACUAAGCUGUUUUUUUAAACUUUAAUGUCUUUUGUGGCCUUUAGUACAGCACAAGAUAUAUGUGCCAGCGUUCAUUGCACUAAAGCAGUGAUCUACUAUGUAUUAUUUUUCUGGUGAUGGUGUGUUAGUAACAAAUGUCAGUCUUGAUAUCAGUCUAAAGAAAAGUAUUUACAAAAGCCAGUUGUCAAUUAUUGCGAGAUCUUGGUUUUGAGGACUUUAUUUUGUUUUGUUGUUAAGUUAAAUGCAACUGGUUAACUGUAAUCUGAUAUCAGAGUUUUAAUAUUUGGACUGCGACAUAAAAUUGAAGAUUUCAGGUGAGAUAUCUUGGUUUUUUUUAAAUGUAUGUAGUUUGUUUUGCGCCAGCAUCUAUGGCAAUGGUCAAUUACUGUACAGCUUUCUUCAUUUUUUUGUUAGGAUCUUUUUCAUGUGCUUAUUGGGGUUUCUUAUAGCUAGACUAGAGGGAAGACAAAGUUGGUGGCAUGUAAAGUCAAGGACUGUUUGAGAAUGAGAGUUAUUAUAUUAACGAUUUCAGCUGCAAACAGAGGUCUUCUCUCGAAUCCACUUCUCAUUCAUCUUGAAGCAGCUUACCUUAAUGGAUUGGACAUGAAAUUGCAAGGAGAAAUCUUGAUAAACAUGAUUUUCAUCACUAGUUCAAAUCACCCUCUGCAUGACAAUAACAAAGGGGGAUUUACGUUGUGUAUUUUCCUACUUAACACAAGAGUGAAUGUGCUUUGCUAAAUUCAUCCAACACCCAUAUGGACAGAUCAAAACAUCCCUGCUAAUAAACAGGCACAUCAACAGCAUUAGUAUUAUUUUUAGGGACCAGUUUUAAGUAUUUGUACUUAUGAUCUCAAUUGGUUCAUCAUUGAUCUGUGUUAUCAGUCUUUUCAUACCAAUAUUAAACUUUGGUCUUCCUUC